AUGCUUGGCGAAGAUGAAGGGAAUACCGUUCUUGAAAAGGGAAAUAAUCCUUCUGUAAAACAAGGAGAGGUUGGAGCUGUAUUUAUAGUACCCAAAAUACUUAUCAGAGAACAUGAAAGAGUGAUACUUAAGCAAAUUCUGCAAAUCCUGGAUCAAGAUGAAUUGGUUCAACCUCCCUUAGACAAAUUUCCCUACAAAAAAUUAGAAUUACCGAAAUAUAUAGAUGAACUUAAGACGAGAGACGCUACUAAUACAUCCUACAAGAUGAUACAAUUGGAUGCUUAUGGUGAGAAAAAAGUGGGUUCGAACGGUGAAUUAUUUGGCGGUAGACAUUAUUUGUUCAACACCUUCACAUUCACGGCUCAUAUGGGUGUUCUUCUGGUACUUUUACAAGAUGUCAUUAAAGUGUUAUACCAAAGCAACGCAACGCAUGACGAGGACGAGUUUAUUGUCCAGCAUGAUCAAAUUCUGGUAAUGGAAACUUCUGAGGAACAAACAAAAUUUUUGGCCAAAAAUGGUGUCAUUCCUGAAGAAUCCAAAGGAUCUUUUAAGUAUAUAACUGCCAGGUCAGCCUUUGUUGAAUUCGGUGCUUCUGUUAUUGCCGGUGGUCAACGCAUCGUUGAUGAUUAUUGGGAAUCUUUAGCUAAAAAGCAAAAUUUGUCGUCUCACCAAAGGGUUUUCAAAUUAUCAACAAAUUUAAUUUCUAAAAUCUCACUUUUACGCCCCUCCUUCCAAAAUAACAGGAUUAGCAAUGCCAAUGAAAUUAGUGCGAACACUAAUAAUACCUGUACGAUUUCUACUUCAAAAUUCGAAUCACAGUAUCCAAUAGUCACGGAACAACCGUCAGCGGAGAUUAGAGAAGCCUAUAUUGAAAACUUUGCCAAAGGUGAGCACAUUUCGGCAAUUGUUCCUGGUCAAAGCAUUAGUGGAACAUUGGAACUCAGUGCACAAUUUAGAGUACCGCGUUAUCACAGCAAAAACUCAUUUCAACAAGCUCUGCAAAUGAAGGCAAUGGACAUACCAAUCGGAAGACAUGAAGAAUUACUUGCGCAAUAUGAAAGUCAAGCUCCUGAUGGUUCCGCUUCAAUUUCACUUCCUAACCAUAUUCCAUCUGUCAAUCCUAGCAAUAAACCAAUCAAACGAAUGCUAAGUAGCAUUCUUGAUAUUAACGUUUCCUCAUCAAAAAACAAGAAGUCUGAGGAGAACGAAAUGAUAAAACCCAUGAACAAGGGCCAACACAAAAAUAAUACAUCGUUAAACAUAAACGGCUGGAAAUUUGAAUCUUUGCCAUUAAAAUCCGCCGAGAAUUCAGGUAAACAGCAAUAUUAUAGAGGAUUGCCGUUAUAUGAAAAAAACACGCUGCUAGAAAGGUUGAAACAGCUGACACCGAACGAAAUUAAAGAACUAGAGCAUUUACACGAUGCCGUUUUUGUUAAUACCGGUUUGCAGAACGUUAGAAAAGUUAGGACAAAAAAAUGGAAAAAGUACUGGCAGUACAAGGCAGGUAUUCCUAUCGGUUUGAAACGGUCUCAAUUGGAUGAAUUCAAAAAUAAAUAUUUGAAAGAUGUGUUGGCGCAAACGAGUGUUACUACAAAUUUUAACGAAAUAACGAAUACGGAUGAAACAAUAACAACAAAGAGGGUACCGAACCCAAACUUCCUAGGAAAUUGUAACAUUAAGGAUUUUAAACCUCCAUACAUUUAUUCUCAUGUGAACAAAGUACCACAAAAUGUCGCUGGGGAUAAAACGGCUGUUAAGCUGGACACUGAAGUAAAGAACACAAAUGCUAAUCCAGUGGUGGCGACGGAUCCGGUCGCCGCUAAACCGGACAACCUGGCUAACUUCAGCAACGAAGUAGCUAUGAAUAAUUGA